AGGUUUGAAAUAUUUUAUCCAAUCUUUUAUAAAAUGAAGAUCAAGAUACUUGACUAUCAUUGAUGGAGAGAAUCACAAAUGCUCUGUAGUUGGUAUUAUAAUUGUGAUCACUUCACACUUGCUUACACUUACAAAUGAAUCCUUUAUAUUUAUCUCAUUUUAAUGUGUUUUCUGUAUGUGAUUUUUUUUUUUUAUAUUUCGUGUGAACAGGACUUUUAUUUUGAUAUCAUGACGUCAUAAAUAUGCGCCGAGCUCCUGCAUCUGUAUUUCUGCUGAAGAAAGUGUCCAAACACACAGAGAAACUCCUGGUCAAGUGACACACUAAAAAAGAUGGCGGUUAUUAAAGAGGAGAUUGAACAUGUGAAGAUUGAAGUCAAACCUGAAGAAACUGAGGAACAAACAGACCUGAUGGCACUGAAAUAGAAGAGAGGGGCCGGUAUGAGAAACAUCAUGAUCUUAUUUCUGGAGAAAAGUCAUUUGGUUGCUCACAGACUGAAAAUAUGUCACAGAAAAGAGCAAAGGGACAUUAUUUCACCUGCCAACAGUGUGGAAAAAGUUUCAACAGAAAAGGAUAUCUCAAUGUCCACAUGAGAAUUCACACUGGAGAGAAGCCUUAUACCUGCCCUCAGUGUGGAAAGAGUUUCAAUGAAAAAGCUUUUCUUAACAGGCACAUUAGAGUUCACACUGGAGAAAAGCCUUUUACCUGCCAACAGUGUGGAAAGAGUUUCACUGAAAAAGGAAACCUUACAAAACACAUGAGAAUACACACUGGAGAGAAGCCUUACACAUGCCCUCAGUGUGGAAAGAGUUACAUUCAUAAAGUGCAACUUCAAAAACACAUGAACAUUCACACCAGAGGGAAGCCGUUCACAUGUGGUCAGUGUGGAAAGAGAUUCACUCAUAAAGGACACUUCAAAAAGCACAUGAAUACUCACACCGGAGAGCCUUUAACCUGCCAACAGUGUGGGAAGUGUUUCACUCAUAAAGGAAACCUUACAAAACACCUGAGAGUUCACACUGGAGAGAAGCCUUACACCUGCCCUCAGUGUGGAAAGAGCUUCAGUGAAAAAGGAAACCUUAAAAAACACAUUAACAUUCACACCGGAGAGAAGCCAUUAUCUUGUGAUCAGUGUGGGAAGUGUGUCGGAUGUGAAGGAAACCUUAAUUCACACAUGAAGAUUUACAUUUAAAUGUGAUCAGUGUAAUAAAAAUUCUUUGCCAUCAUAUGUUCAGAUACUCCUGUCAUGCUGAUAUGAGACCCUAUUUUUGUUCUUUGUGUGGGAAGUCUUUAAAAUGGCACUAGAAAUUAUGUACAUUGUGUGAAAGUUAGGCUACGCUCAUGCCACAACUGAAUUUGGUCUACAUUUUAUUGCCCAGCCUUACGAAAAAGAAGAAUCCUUCAAGUUCAUUUUAUGUUUUUAUAUUUAUUAUAUUUUUGUUAAAGUAUAUUUUUAAGUAAACUUUAAGUAGUAAGUAUACUAAUGUCAAUGCUGCUUGGGACUAAAUUGCCCCAAAUUUACUAUUUAAAAAGUAUAUAUUUAAAGCUGCAGUCUGUAAUUUUUUUUGGUUAAAAAUGGUCCAAAAUCAAUUAUUGAGCAAGUACAAAUCCAGCCAGUGUUUAAAACGAUCUCCUUACCUUGGCCAAUGCACAACCCACGUAAAGAAGAUAACUCUGAAAAUAACUGCAAUUUCAAGGUUCAAACAGAGAUGGCGACAAAGAGGUAAAACGUACGGACUGCAGCUUUAAGUGUACUAUAAGUGCAACAAUAGUAAGUGCAUAACUAGUUCACAACUACGUUUCUCAUCUGUACUGCAUCUGUUCUACAAGUGAACUUAUAAGUACACAGUAGUUUGAGACCAUCAACACCCCCAAAGCUUUACAGUCCUACUUUUGUUCAAUAACAUUAGGCAGUUUUGAUUUAUAUGAUGUUUAAUGUUUGAUAAUUGUGUUAUUUUACAUUUGCGUGAGCAAUCACUUGUUUCUGCUAAGAAAUGAUGCUUCAGCUUCACCCUUGUUUUGAGCUAGAGAUUCUGUCCUCUUUCAGAAGAUUCGUAAUAGCACCCCCUAUUGUAUAACAGUGAAAACAAAAAUAGCGGGAAAAGGCUGGGAAAGCAUAAAGUAAAUUUGAAGUAAAUUCUUUUGUACACUACCAGUGGACUAACCAAUACAAAAAAUUCACAUACUCAGAAUUAAGAACGUUUCUUUAAAAAGAAAAUGGUACUUUUAAGCAAUGUAUGUUUAUAAGACUAAAACUACGAGGGAAAAAAGUAGGCUAUAUUUAAUAGGCUACUCAAUCAAAAGGUUAAACACAACCACAAGCCAACUUUUAAGUAUAUCUUGAUCAAAAGAUUAAGUACAAAUACAUGAAAAAUAUACUUUAAAUAAGCUGACAGAAAAGAAAAUAAUCACCCCCUUUAAAAUAUCACAUUUUGUUGCUUUGCUGCCUACAAUAAAGACGGACACAGUUUUUUGUUUUAUCCAGCUGUAUUUACUGCUAUUCAUAAUAUCCAAGAGAAAUAAUAAAUAAAUAUAAAAAAGGAUCACCCCCUUAUAUCAGUAUUUUGUUGAACCACCUUUUGCUUUAAUGACAGGUUUUCUACUAUCUUCGCAAUAUUUGCCCACUCUUCUUUGCAGAACUGCUCAAGUUCAGUUGAAUGUGAUGCUGACAGCGUAGUUUGCGUCAGCUACUACCUGCAGCCUUUGAUCUUCUCCGACGAGACACUCCUUUACACUUCAUUAUUUCCAGUUAACCAACAGAAUGAAGAAGAACAACAAUAAACUCAACCACACCGAUCACACUGUAUUGCAUAAAUCACAUUGAUUUUAUAUUGCAGUUGAAUUAAAUUGAAUUCCUAAUGGAAAGAGGUUGCUGCCAGUUUGUUUUGUAGAAUUAAGCUUUAUCAUUUUUAAGUGACUGAAGAAUCAUGCAAAUGAAAUGUCUAUUUUUUAUUUCAAUAUUAUGCUUUAGAGUCCCGCAGGUACCCGCAUAAAAGUGGCUAAAACGGGCGGAUUGUGACAUUCCUAA